GUUCAUUUCUCACAUACUCAACUAGUGUAGUGUUUGGUUUUUAUGAUUUCUUACUCUUCUAUUUUGACAAAGCAAUUUUCUACUUUUUCAUAUCAACAUGUGGGGUUUGUUUUAAUCAAAUGGUCUUCACCUUUUAUCUAACCUUAUAAUUUUCUUCAUUCACAUUCUAUUUUCCUCUCAACAUAAGAUCCACCACCACUCCACCACCGUAGCCCAUGGCGGAUGGACCCAUCCUCAUCCCCACCACCGCCUCCACCACCAGACCAAAACGACCACGACCACCAUCCGGACGCACCAACCUAGCCUCAUGUGUCGUCGCCACAAUCUUCCUAAUCUUCAUCAUCAUCGUCAUCCUCAUAGUCUACUACACAGUUUUCAAACCCCAAGACCCCAAGAUCGCCGUCAACGCCGUCCAGCUCCCCUCCUUCUCCGUCAUCAACGGCACCGUUAACUUCACCUUCGCACAAUACGCCUCCGUCAGAAACCCUAACCGAGCCGCUUUCUCUCACUACGACAGCUCUCUUCAAAUCCUCUACUACGGUAGCCAGGUCGGAUUCAUGUUCAUCCCAGCCGGCCAGAUCGACGCCGGGAGAACACAGUACAUGGCCGCCACGUUCUCUGUUCAGAGCUUCCCGUUGUCGGCACCGCCGAAUGUGGGGCCCACACUGGCGAAUGGUGAUGGUGUUGGGUUUAGCUUCGGGUUGAGAGUUCAACCGACGAUGGAGAUUGAGUCGAAGCUGGAAAUGGCGGGGCGUGUUAGGGUUUUGCAUUUCUUCAGCCAUGAAGUGAAGGUUAGAACCGGUUGCAGAGUCGCCAUUGCCGUUAGUGACGGUUCUGUGUUAGGGUUUCAUUGUUGAGUUUUCUUUUUUGUUUUGUAACAGUAGAAUUUAGUGGUAAAUCUAAAUAUUAUAUAUAUCAAAGUUAAUUGUUAGUGGUUUUGAGUAAGAAAAGGAUGAAAAUCAAAAAUUGUAAAAAUGAUUAUUCAGAUUUUAAAUUAUGAAUGCAGAGUUUUUGA